AUGGCCAACUUUCGUCCUCAUCCACUACCUUUCACAAGCAAAGACCCGCGUAUGCAAGAUCCCAAAGGCGAGCACGUCGACGGCGGUGAUACAAACCUCAAUCAUUUUUCAGAUGCAAUCUUCUCUUGUCCAGUGGUGGUGGCGACCGAACCAGCCUACGCUCUUGCGCGACAAGUAAAGAAACUGAGACAGAAGAGGACUGAUAAGAAGGCGGCCGAGGAGGAAAGGUCUACUAAGAAUGCUAAGAAGGAGAAGUGGCAUAGUGGUGAUAAUGUUUGGCGCAUGAGACGAAGCAACCUCGCGAGAAUUCAAGCUCUAGAACAUAUGAAAAUCGGAAUUGUGUCAUCAACUUAG